AAAAAUCAAACCCUCUCCAAUAGAUGGGUUACUGUGAAUCACUCUCCCACUGUCACUACCAUUUCCACGAAACUUAAUACCCUUCUUAAUUUCACAUUCACUCACACUCAUCACCGUAACAUUAAUACUCUCUCUGUCACUUCGUUUAUUUACUUCUUCACUUCUCUCCCUCUUCCACACACAACUUUCCAUGUGUUUCUACCCUCACUUCAUUAACUCUAUCACCAUCUCUUCAGGCUUUUGUUAUUUAUAACUACACACAAAACACAAUUCUCUAUAUCUUCUUCUUCUUCUUCUUCUUCUUCUUCUUCUUUAAUGAUGGAUGAGCUGUACGGUCUCCAUUCAAGCCUUGAUUAUUCUAUGCAGCAGGCGCCUGCAGAGAAUAUGGUUACUUGGGCCAACUAUCACAAUAUUUCAACCGCCGUUGUUGCUUUUGGCGAUAGGCAUCCUGUUUAUGGAUCCGAGCAGUUGGGGUCUGGUUCUUCUGGGAUGUCUGACGCUGCUUCAAUGGUGCCUGAGAUUCAAAGAAACGGUUCAGAUGAACAAGUUGCUGUUUCCAGUGCAAUUAGAGCUAAAAUCGCUUCUCAUCCUCUUUACCCUAAACUACUCGAAGCCUAUAUUGAUUGCCAGAAGGUGGGAGCGCCACCGGAAAUAGCUCUGGUGUUGGAUGAAAUCAGGCGAGAAAGUGAUGUUAAUAAGCGAAACACUGUCGUUUCAAGUUGCUUAGGCGCCGAUCCCGAGCUGGACGAGUUCAUGGACAUUUAUUGCGAUAUAUUGUUGAAGUAUAAAUCGGAUCUAUCAACGCCUUUUGAUGAAGCAACUGCGUUUAUAAACAAUAUGGAAACGCAGCUGAGUAAUCUCUGCGCUACUGGUUCUGAUGAAGGUGUUGGAUCAUCUGAUGACGAUUGUAGUGGGGGUGAGAGUGAGGUUCCUGAAUGUUUCCGGACGCCGCCGGUGGACCGUGAGCUUAAGGACAAACUCUUUCGUAAAUAUGGUGGUUAUAUUAGCACCUUGAAGCAUGAAUUUUCUAAGAAGAAGAAAAAGGGAAAACUACCGAAAGAAGCCAGGCAAAUCUUGUUUGAUUGGUGGAGUGUCCACAACAAAUGGCCCUAUCCCACGGAAUCGGAUAAGGUUCAACUGGCGGAAUCAACGGGGCUAGACCAGAGGCAGAUAAACAAUUGGUUCAUCAAUCAAAGGAAAAGGCACUGGAAACCUGCAGAGAAUAUGCAGUUUCCCGUUAUGGAUAGCCUGUAUGCUCCAUUUUACAUGAAUAAAUGAGUGAGGUAGGAAUGGGAUUUCCUUCAUAUCACUUGUGUAUAUUUGCAAACACAAGCUUGUGGUUGUGCCCAAACCAGAAUCUUUCGUGUUGCUGCUGCCAAAAUGUUUUAGGAUGUAUGUAAAUAUUGAAUAGAUAUUUGAUAUAAUGGUACUUUUUAUUUCAUCAA